AUGGAUAAACAACCUGGUGGGAUUACUGGUCGCAUGCUGACAGGGCGUGCAGGCUUUCUUCAUUGGAAGGGGGCAUUUUGGCUCUGCCGAAAUCCUGGCAAUUCUCGGGGCUUGAAACAGCAGUAUGUAGAUGAAACCCGAGGUUGCACAUCGGAUGGUGGCUAUAGUGAGGAUGACCCAAAUUUUGAAACCUGUUCUGAAGAUUUGUGCAACAAGGUUGCUAGUUGCAUAGUUUGUGAUUCCACAAUUCCCGAGCAUCGUGAUUGCCUCACCAAUCUAGACGAGUAUCGUCAACAUUGUACGCUACACGGCAUUUUCAAGGAAAACAAUUGCUUUCGCCAAGAAUCUGGCGAAAAUGAUUUUCGCUUGGGUUGUAUUAGUGAAAUAAAUGUUCCCUCCGAUUGCACUGGGUCAGAUACUGAGACCUGUAAAAGUUGUGCUGAUGAAUAUUGCAAUCACAAAGAAUUUCCAUCAUGUUAUGCAUGUGAUGCGUGUAGAACAAUUUCUCAGAACAAUCCCGUAGUAGAUCAUUGCAUAGAAUAUUAUGACAAAUGUUAUACCGUUUAUGAACGUGAUUCAAAAACGACAAAACGUGGCUGUAUGGAUGAUAACCCUCUAGAGGAAAUAUAUGAAACCAUUUUAACGUGCACCGGCGUCAACUGUAACGGUGAUGAAUUCCCUGUACACUUGCAAUGUCAUCAGUGCGACGAUUGUGAUCAUAGUGAAUCAAUAACCGACUAUUGUCGUAAUAUUUUGGCCGAGAAAUGUUUUACUCUGCCUGGUGUAGGUGGAUCAGUUAUACGAGGAUGCGAUACGGAUGGGCAAUUUGAACUAUGUAGAAUGGAUCCAAAUUGUAAAAUCUGUUCGGGUGAUAAUUGUAAUGCUCCGAAAACUUGCUAUGAAUGUGAUGAUUGUUCGACAGUGGAUGAGUCAACGAAAAAAUGCAGUUCUUCCCUAGGCUGCUACACAUUACAACAAUUGGACUUGGAUUUGCAAAUAAGUCGGGGUUGCAUGGAAGACGAAUCAUUCAAGGACUGUGUUGAUGGCAUUAAUUGUCGUAUUUGCAGCGACAAUUAUUGCAACGUUGACCAACCGCGAACGGAGCCACUAAUUUGUUCCUCUUGUUCAGGACCUGACUGUGUAGAUUACAAUCCACCUAAAAAUUGUCCGAAUAGUAUUGGCAGGUUGAUUGAUUAUUGCGUCAGUUACGAAUUGGUGUCUGUAUCACUAUUCAAGGGCUGUUUCAGUGACGGUAUUUUAGAGGAAUUUGAGUCAGAUUGUUAUUCCAAUCAACCGAAGUUUUGUAAGUUGUGUGAAACCGACUAUUGUAAUACGCCCGCUUUGCAAUGUUUUCAUUGCUCGACUACGGAGAAUGGACUGGGCUGUCUUGUGAGUCCUGAAUCCACUGCUGCUAAAAUAUGCAACCAGGGAGAUGUUUGUGUCACGCUACUGGAUGAUGAAGGGCAUUUACAUCGGGGCUGUUCUUCAGAAAUUUCUUGUGACGGAAAGCUGUGCGAGUCCUGUAGCGAUGAGUACAACUGUAACAUCGCCAUUUUACCAGAAGCUAGAACAUAUUGCUAUCAAUGCGCUGGUGACGAGAGCUGUUUGGACACCAGUCAGCUAGAAACGCUGCCCUGUAAAACUCACAACGAUAAUGAUUAUUGCUAUACAUUUGUCAAGGACCAUUCGACCAUUUAUCGUGGUUGUGCGUCGGAUGAAUUAAGCGAGUGCCAUGAUAACACGUUUUGUGUUCCCUGCUACACCGCAAAUGGCUGCAACAGCCAGGAACCAACAGUCCCCAAUGAACUAUCUUGCGUCCAAUGCGAUGGACAUAGCGCAUGCAGAGGUUUAGUAUCUGGAACGAUGUGCGAAAAGGAACUGCUUUUAGGCCGUUCAGAAUCAUGUUAUACUCUCAAAUACAUAGAUUUGGAAAUCGAGAAAGGUUGUCUGUCUGAUCUGAGUGUUGAAAGUUCCUGGUACGGUGAUUGUCUGGCAAAUAAUGACAAAUGUUUUACCUGUACAAAUCAUGACUGUAAUCAUGGUCGUUCUUUGUGCCAUAAGUGUAAUUCUAAGAACGAUGCCGAUUGUGCUCAAAUUGUUAACAGUGAUCAUGUAACCGAAUGCGAAGCAGAAUGUGUAUCGAUUCUAAAUGAAGAUGGGUAUACUGUUCGUGACUGUAUCGAAUCUAUUGAAGGAUUAACUGUGAGUGAAUGUGACAGCUUACCGUAUUGUAGUACUUGCAAAACAAAGGAAUGCAACAGCGAAAUUAUGCACGAUAAUCAUUUGAUGUGCUAUCAAUGUAUGGGCGAUCAAGAGGAUUGUCUCAAGGCUGAAGAUUGGCAUAAGAAGGCAUGCCCACAGCAUCAAUCAAAUGACGCUUGUUAUACGUACUUUAAUAGCAUGAACUGGGUCGUUCGAGGAUGUUUAUCUAGCAAAGAAGACGGGCCUUGUGUUAAUGAGUGUAUCCCCUGCGACAUGCACGGUUGUAACAAACAAGAUCCACUUCAAUUUAACACGCUAACUUGUAUCUCAUGUAAAGAGGAUGAAUGUGAUGAUCUCAAACUGGGGUCAACCUGUACCGAAGAAAUUCUACUCGGUCGGCAGGAUUAUUGCUAUACAUACGAAGAUGAAAAUACACUGCAAAAAGGAUGUCUAAGUGAUUUAAAGGAGAUUAACGAGAUUAGGGAAGCUUGUGAAAACAACUCAGCAAUGUGCUCAAUUUGUGGCCACAAUAAUUGCAAUGGAGACUUUCACUAUUGUGUUACUUGUGACUCAAGCAGUUAUCCCGCAUGCGCUAGCUCAUUUCAAAUUGUUCCAUCUGAAUUGACAGAAGAUUGUGCAGAGCGAAAAUGCGUUUCAUUCAUUGACGAUUACGCAGACACUUGGAAGGGUUGUGUAAGCGAUUUGAAAUCAUGCGACUUGGAGGACUCGAACUGUCUCGAAUGUACCGGCUCCAUGUGUAACAAUGUAAUGUUUCCCGAUGACCGCAUCAUGUGCCACCAAUGCGACAAUUGCAACCAAUUACAGUCUACGCAACUACCAGAAGCCUGCCCUAAGUACAAACCCGACGAAUCUUGUUUCACCUAUAAGAUUGACGACAUGGUCUUCCGCGGUUGUUCAUCUCUAUCGAAUUACGAUUGUGAUCCGUCAAUGGAUAUUUGUUUAACCUGCACCGAGUCCGGGUGCAACAAUGAACCAAAACAAUACGACAGUACUUUGUUCUGUAUACAAUGUUAUGGAGAAGAUGAUUGUACACAAAUCAAAGAACCGACACCAUGCGCAGGAUCCGUCGACCUUGGAGACACAGACCAGUGCUUUAGCUUGACAAUAAACAAUAAAGUUCUUCAUAAAGGUUGUUCGCGAUCCGUAGGAAAUAACUGUGACCUUGGAACUUGCGAGCAUUGCGACUGUAACGGCUGCAACUUAAUGGAUGAAGAUCUACCGUUUGUAAAUUGUUUUGUGUGCAGUGGAGAUGGUUGUGGAGGGCAGAUACUGAAGGCAAGCAUGACGUGCGAAGAUAAAGUUUGCAUGACGUACAUGUCACGAGAGGGUGUAGUAUCACGGGGAUGUUUGAAGGACUUUUCUGAACUAUGCUCAAUAUAUGGAAAUAGCCAUGAAACAUGCGUAGGAGCAGAAUGUAAUGGUAACCUCUAUCCAGCUAACAGAAUCAAAUGCCAUCGUUGUCAGGAUUGUGCAGAAAAGUACCCAGAAUCAGAGAUCUGUCCAAGAUAUGUAGAAGGGGACGGUUGUUUUACGUUAUCCUCUUCAAACGGAAAUGAUAUUGCACGAGGAUGCUUAUCCGAGCUUUCUUCAAGUUGUACUGAACCAAAUUGUCGUCCAUGCUAUGGCAAUGGCUGCAACAAUGCAAUAGUAGAAGAACCAACCCCAACAACUACUAUAACUGAUUCAUCAACAGUAGAUUCAUCAACGGUUGAACCAUCAACAAUAGAUUCAUCACCAGUAGAUUCCUCAACAGUAGAUUCGUCAACGGUUGAAUCAUCAACAAUAGAUUCAUCAACGGUUGAAUCAUCAACGGUUGAAUCAUCAACUGUCGAUUCCUCAACAGUAGAUUCCUCAACAAUUGAUUCAUCAACCGUUGAUUCCUCAACAGUUGAUUCCUCAACCGUUGAUUCCUCAACAGUUGAUUCCUCAACCAUUGAUUCCUCAACAGUUGAUUCCUCAACAGUUGAUUCAUCAACCGCAAAACCAUCAACCGUAGAAUCAUCAACCGUUGAUUCAUCAACCAUUGAUUCAUCAACAGUUGAUUCCACAUCUGAUACACCAUCGGAUGGAAAUUAUGCUUGCAUACGUUGUGAGGAAAGUUCCGCAAAUGAACGUUGUGCUUGGGGUUAUCAACAGACAAUGGCUCAAUCGUGCCUAUCCAACGAUGCGGAUUGCUUCACUUGUGCAGCCGAUGGACUCAUUAUGCGGGGUUGUUCAACGGACGAGCAUUUUGCAAAGUGUUCGGGUAGUUCAAUUCAUAGAUGUUCCGAAUCCGGAUGUAACAUAGAGAGUCAGAAAAAGCAGUAUUGCGCGGUAUGCAGUGGAAGCUGCCAAGGGUUUAAGGUGUCUUUCGAGAUACAGGAAUGCCCAGGAAAUAUUGACUACGAAAACCGCGGAUGUUACGUACGAAAAAGCGAAUCAGGUGUAAUCAUAGCGCGAGGGUGUGUUGUUUCGCUUCCUCUGGCCACUAAAGAAGAGUGCCGCGGUACUGGAGAUAAGUGUACUAUUUGCUAUGAAGAUGGAUGCAAUAAAGGAACCCACUUAGGAGUCUUCAAUGGUUUAAUUGCUGCAGCAUUAAUCCUAGUUAUUUUAACUAAGAAUUAA